AUGGGCUUGGAUAAUUUCCCACGGCCGCCGACACACCGGUCUGCCGCCGCUGCACCCGGUUCCAGAGGGUUUCAAUCGCGUGACCGCCACGAAAACUAUUCUCCUCCUCGAACACCCCCCCUCCAGAGUAGCAAACAGAAAUCCCCGCCGCAGGGGCUGGGUCUUCGACCGUCUUACCCGGAGACGUUUCUGGACGACACGAAUAACGGUGACAAUGGCAGGACCAGCGAGUCAGGGGAUGACCAGGAUCCCCAUGAUUUGUCCCUGUCUCCAAAGCAUGUAACGCGCACUUCAGUCGUUGAUAACAUGCUCCUUUCGCUCGACCAAUUCUCAUCUGGCUCUCCAUUCCUGGAUGAAUACCGCUUCCUCGGCGCUGCAGUAGACGCUGACCCUUACACAUCGAGCUCCCGAUUCCCCAUGACGAAACGGGGGCGCGGUCGGGGCCAUACUUUCUCCUCGUCCAUGUCCUCUGAUGUUGAUCCCGGUGUGGACGAAAAUACUGGCCAUCAUACCAUCCCUCCCUCGAGGGGUCAUCGAAGCAACAGCAAUACCACCUACCAACAAGGCCCACGAAGAUACGACAGCCUACGCAGCCGAGGAAGCGGAUACGAAGGUUCACGAACCUCGGGCCCAGGAGACAGCUCGCAAGGACGCCAUGCCCACUCGGCUCGGCAAGAAAGCCAGAGCAGCGUCUCCAGUGCAGAAUAUAACCACGAGAGACGCUCUGCGAGCCUCGACUAUGGGUCGAGACCGUUCUACAUGUCAGACUCUAUGCCAGGGACCGACCUGUUACCGGAUGACAUUGAGGCGGCUCCCACUCCGACCGUCCCGGCGGGACCCCGGCGCGAUCUCCCUAAUUCUACAAGUGAUUACUCGGGAAUAUCGCCAAAUUAUCCGCCUCCUCGCACUCCAGCCCUGUCCCGGAGGAAUAGCAACAAGUCCGCCAAAAGCACAGCCACACGGAAAGGCCGCUCUGAGACGCUGGGAACGACCGCUGUCAAGGGAAGAGAGGACGGUGAUGCACCACCACCUCCUCCUCUGCCAUCGUCCUAUGUCGAUCCCUCCGCACCCAGUCCUACAAUCUCUUUCCAAAAGCCCAUCUUCCCUCCGGCGCCAGAACCAGCUCCGGCCGUCAAGGAGCGCCCUGGUUUCUUCCGACGCGUGUUCGGUUCCUCAAAGAACUCAUCGUCGACAUCUGAUUCCCCAUCCACUCAACCGCCCCAGAUUGGCCUGUUUGGCCCGGAAAAUGACUCCAGCGUGAGGGGUGGGAAACAACCACCAAGAUCGAAUCCUGUCGGAAAUGCUCCGCCCAACCAAGAGCACUCUUCGCCUGUGGUGUCCAAGAAGACCUCUUUCUUCCGGCGGCGGAAGAAGUCGGUCGCGGAUCACAUCCCGCCUCCGCUGAAUCUCUCGGUGGGUGGUCUUAAGCCUCUGGAUCAGCUCCAACCAGAGCCGAGUCCCGUGAGCAGCCUCAGGAAAGUCAUGAAUCCUUAUCUGGCAGACUCGUCCUCCCCUGCCGGUUAUGAUCCCAAGGGAGAUUCUGAUGGAGAGAACGCAUAUAACCCGGAGCCCGACCAGCCCUUGCCCCGGGACCAUGCAGCGCGCCCUGCCGCGCGAGAGGAGCGAGCAGUCGAGGGUUCGGCCAAGAAUGGCAUGCUGAGAACCAAACAUAGCCUCAAUCUUCCCGUUCCGUCCCAUGAGAACGAUGAGUCCUUCCUGGCUGACAGCAGUGGCAACGAGGCCACCAGCUCUCCAUUCUCCAGUGAGAGGCCUGCGCGACCGAAGACAAGCCCUGAGGCUCCUGGCCAUGGGUCGGUGUCUGAUGGUGAUUAUCAUCAGUCCUUCCUCAAUAGCAAACUCUCCGUCCCGACACAAUCGUCCGGCAAGGAUGGACGGGCAUCGAAUAACAAAAACAAGGAUUGGCUUGACCCGGCCUCCUCGGAAGAGCCUCUUCCUAAGGAGGGUGGUGCCGAGUCUGGCCGAGCUUCCAACUCAGACGUCUCGCAGUAUCACACUGCUUCCAACACCCCCUUGAUCGAUACUCCGCUGGAAGAGUCAAAAUCCCAGGCUCAGCCAUCGGGCAGUGAGACGGCUGGUGAUCGGGGCGGUGUGACCGAUCUGGCCGAUGAUGAUACUCCCACUCCUGCAGACCGCGAACAAGCACGCAGACUGUUCGAAAACCAAGAUGAGGUGGUGGGCAAUGAGCCCGCGGCGGCAUGGCUGGGAAGUCCUGAUCGCGCCAUGAUCAGGAAAGCGUAUAUGGAACUUUUCAACUGGACUAAUGUUGAUAUCCUCGGAGCUCUGCGUUCCCUGUGCACGAAAAUGGCACUGAAGGGUGAAACGCAGCAAGUUGACCGAGUCUUGGAUGCGCUGUCCGCGCGGUGGUGUGAAUGCAAUCCCAAUCACGGCUUUAAGGCAGUUGAUGUUGUUCACACUAUUUGUUACUCGCUUCUUCUCCUCAACACGGAUCUUCAUGUAGCAGAUAUUGAGCAGAAGAUGACGAGGAAUCAAUUCGUUCGCAAUACAAUGCCAACUAUCUACCGGGUAGCGGUCGAUGCGGCCCCUGAUGGCUUCGAAGCGCCCCGUCCGGGCGGCAAAUCGCGAUCCCACGCCAAACUGUCCGAAUCUGUCAGUGGGCCUGCGAAGUCUCCCACCAUUCCGCCUGGUGACCUCCGUCUGAGUGCCGGGGACAGUGGCGUUUUCUGUAAAACUCCCAAGUCUCCGGACUCGGAUUCCCCUAGUUCCAGUGUCGGGCCUCUGGUCAAUACACCUUUCCAUGGCACCAUCAAGGAAUGGGAGGCGCAGAUUGAAGCCGUGCUGAAGGACUUUUACAACUCAAUCCAGAAGGAACGGCUUCCUCUGUAUGGCUCUCGGCCUGACGGUGAAGCCGUUGGACCAUCCUCGAACACGCAUCUUGGCCAUGGGCUUCGUCGCAGUCCGAGCACACUAAGCAAGAGUGGCUCUGAUAUCUAUCCUCGAGGUCGCUCCGCGGAUUCCAGAUUGACCACUGGGCGAUGGUCGUCGAAACCCCGAUCACGCGCGAGACUCUAUCCGGCCUCGAAUAUCGCUUCCAGUCGGACUAGCCUCGACGAACAGUCCUCCGUCUGGAGCCCCUCGGCGUCGAGCACCUGGAGCAAGAACUCGCUGGGUAAGACUCUUACCUCCGUGUCGGUCGAUUCGCUCGGUUCCGAAUACCCACGGGGCGAUUAUCAGCAGUCCAUUGGUUUUGCGAAUGCUCUAAGUCACGCAAUCAUCCGUGAAGACUCGGCACACUCCAUAGCGAGCAUGGAGGAUACCGCCGGGAACACCGCUCUUCUCGAAGAUGAGAGCUUGGAACUGGCAGGUGCCCCAUGGGCAAAGGAGGGAAAUCUGAAGCAUAAGCAGCAUCUAGACGCAGUCGACAAGCGUGCCAAGGACCGCAAUUGGAACGAUUGUUUUGCCGUGAUUCAACGUGGCUGGCUGCGCCUCUUUUCGUUCAAUUCCAAUAGCCGCUCUAAGGGGUCGAAAGCCAAACAACGUCAGGGUGGCGGCGUCGUGGUCGGAGGGGGGAACUGGAUGGAGAAUGCCGAGGAAGUCUGGAAAUUCCUCCUCCGCCAGACGAUUGCGAGUGCUCUACCCCCGCCGGGUUACUCCAAGUCUCGACCCCAUGUGUGGGCCCUUAGCCUACCGACCGGUGCCGUCCAUCUGUUCCAGGCGGGCACCGCAGAGAUAGUGAAGGAGUUUGUGUCGACCGCCAAUUAUUGGAGCGCUCGACUCUCCAAGGAGCCCUUGAUUGGAGGCGUCAGCAACAUGGAAUAUGGUUGGAGCGAUGCGAUCAUCAACAGCGCCCUGAUUCAUGUCGACAGUCGUUCGCCUCCGUCUUCGUCCGGGGCGGCCAGACCCAGCCUCCAGAGCUCGAUCCGCAGUUCCAUUGACCAGCAGGGUGUCCGAGCCAAGCUUCCAGCGGACCGCGUCCAUAUCAGCGAUUGGACGCCUCCGCAGCAAAGCAUGAUGGCGUCGACUUUGAGCGAGGCCGAUCAGUUGAAGGCCCUCCAGAACUACGUGAAAAACGUGGAGGAAGAGUUGCAGAAGCACAAUGAGCUCCGACAACCCAUGAUGCUGGCGUUCUCUCCGAGACAUCCGAAUGCGGCUAAGGCCAUGGCCAACUGGGAACGCAAGUCCUCAUACCUGCUGCGGGAGAUUGUCAAGUUCCGCACCUACAUCGAUGCGUUGCAAGCCGCCCAGGCUCAGAAGGAGAAGAUCUACGCCUCCCGGGCAGAGAACAACGAAGGCGACGACAACACUGCCGAGGCGCCAUCUGGUGAAGGCCGGCAUGUGGCCGAUGUUUCUGCGUAG